AUGAUGGUGGUGGUGGAGAGCGUCAUCCUGAAGAAACUCGAGGCGCUGCCAGCCAUCCAGAUUAGCCGCUUUGAGAUCCGCAAGAGCACGGAGAAGUUCCUGCACUUCAUGAAGGCCCGCUUCGAUCAGCUCUUUGGAAAGAUGGAAGAGGUGCUCCUGCAGCUGGUGCUCAGCAUCCCCGACAACGUGCUGCUCCCCGAGGACAGGGUGCACCAGCAGUACCCCUACAGCCAGGAGGAGUUCCAAGCUCUGCAGGAUGAGAUCUCCCAGCUGCAGCAGCAGUGCAGGGCCGAGGCAGCUGCCGGGCAGGCAUUGCGUGCAGAGCUGGAGGAGCAGAGAGCCGUGCAGGCCGAGCUGGAGAAGGUUGUGCAGUGGUUUGAUGGGCUGGAGAACAUCUGCAGGGAGCACGGCACUGGCAACUUCAAAGAGAGCCUGGUGUUCCUGACACAGAACUGUAAGAAGCUGCAGGAUGUGCUGAGAGAUGUUGAAGGGAAGAGUAAAAAAAUAAAGAAACACCAACAGUUACUGUAAUGGAAAUCCCCAAAAGGCAACAGUGAACAUUGG